CUCCUUCUCACAGAAAACAUGCUGGUAGGAGAGGAGGAGGAGGAGAAAAGAAGAAGAAACGCCUCAGAGGCGACAAGAGAGUAAGGAAGCGCAGAAAGUUGUUAGAGUCGGCCAGAUGGACGGGAGGAAGGAAAAGGGAUCUCCAAUGCUAUUUCAGAAGGACAAAUAAUUAAAUAGAUGAACCAAAGCUGGUGGUAGAGAGAAGACCAGGCGCGUCACCGCGGUGCGUGGACGCGGACGAGAACAAGUCAGCGGCGGUGGGUCCUGUCCGUGUCCGUGGAUCUGGCUCCACAUGCGCCUCCGCAACUUUUAAGGGGCCUCAAAGUGGGAAAAAAAGGGGGGAGGCAAAAUAAAAACGGGAAGGUUGUAGAAGCGAGGAGCUUAUUGCUACUCUUCCAGGCAGCCGGGGUCUAGGCGUUGGCACCCGGGCCAGGGGAGUCCCGCGUCAUGGCCGGGGCCAAGCCGGGAGUCCACGCGUUGCAGCUGAAACCCGUGAGCGUCCACGAAGAGCUCAAGAGGGGGAGCAAGUUCAUCAGAUGGGAUGAGGACUCGAACAGCGCCCCAAAUUUGGGGACCCUCAAAGUUGACCCAGAGGGAUUUUUCCUAUCCUGGAUUCCAGGGGCCGGCCUGGAGUCUGAAAUCUUCGACAUCAGCUCAAUCAGGGACACAAGAACAGGAAAAUAUGCCAAGCAGCCAAAGGAUGCCAGGCUAUGGGAGCAGAUGCGCUGUGGUGAAGGGGACAGUGAAUUAAAGCUGCUAACCAUCGUCUAUGGAAACGAUCUGGUCAACAUCUCCUUCAUCUGCUUGCUGGGUCUUUCUGAGGAAACCACACAGUUAUGGACAGAGGAGCUUUUCUCCUUGGCUACAAACAUCCUCUCCCACAAUGCAUCCAGGAACACCUACCUUCUCAAAGCGUACACUAAAAUAAAACUUCAAGUGGGUCCGGAUGGGAAGGUUCCUCUGAAGUGCAUCCUGAAGAUGUUCUCUGAUAAGAAGAGAGUGGAGACGACUCUGGAACAGUGUGGCCUCCUCAACAACAAGUCUGAAGGUGUAAAACUAGAGGAUUUCACGUGGGAGGUUUUCCUCAAGUUUCUAGACAGCUUGUGUCACCGACCUGAACUGCACACCAUCUUAGAGAAAUGCGGCUCUAAGAGGAAACCAUUCCUCUCGCUGGACCAGUUCAUGGACUUCAUCAACCACAUGCAGCGAGACUCCAGGCUGAAUGAGGUGCUGUACCCCCCACUGAAGCGUGAGCAGGUUCGACAGAUCAUGGAGAAAUAUGAGACCAACACCAGCCAGCUGGAGAGAGACCAGAUCAGUUUGCAGGCUUUCAGUCGGUAUCUCGCCGGUGAUGAAAAUGGCAUCGUACCUCCAGAAAGGCUUGACCUCAUCGACGACAUGAACCAGCCGCUGGCUCACUACUUUAUUAACUCCUCUCAUAACACAUACCUCACAGUGGGUCAGCUAACGGGGAUGUCGUCGGUGGAGAUGUACAGGCAGGUGCUGCUCACCGGCUGUCGCUGCAUCGAGCUAGACUGCUGGAAGGGCCGACCGCCGGACGAGGAGCCCUACAUCACCCACGGCUUCACCAUGACCACUGAGAUCUCCUUUAAGGAGGUGAUUGAAGCGAUAGCAGAGAGCGCUUUCAAGACUUCCCCUUACCCUCUCAUCCUGUCUUUUGAAAACCACGUUGACUCAGCUAAACAGCAGGCCAAGAUGGCUGAGUACUGCAGGACAAUCUUUGGAGAUGCCCUCCUCAUUGACCCACUGGAGAAAUACCCGCUGGUCCCAGGUCAGCCGCUUCCCUCACCGCAAGAAAUGCUGGGAAAGAUCCUUAUCAAAAACAAGAAGAAGCAUCAUCAUCACUCUGCAGAGGGCGGUAGCAUACGCCGCAAAGAGCCUGGGGAGCAGUCGCCUCCUGGUAAUGAUUGUCCCCUCACAGACAGAGAGGGACAGCAUCUCCUCUCCAACGGCGAGCAAAAACUGGCAGAAAGGGCCAUCAAAGACGUGGGACCUCGCAAGUCCCUGGGAGGUGAAGGAGAAAGUGAUGAUGAGGAAGAUGAUGAACCAGUGCAAGAGCUUAAAAAGCCCACUUCUGACGAGGGUACAGCCAGCAGUGAGGUGAACGCCACUGAGGAGAUGUCCACUUUGGUCAACUACAUCGAACCUGUGAAAUUUAAGAGCUUUGAGGCAGCAGCUAAGAGGAGGAAGUACUUUGAGAUGUCUUCAUUUGUGGAAACCAAAGGAAUGGACGCCCUGAAAAACUCCCCCAUUGAGUUUGUUGAAUACAAUAAGAACCAGCUGAGCAGGAUCUACCCCAAAGGAACGAGGGUGGACAGCUCCAACUAUAUGCCUCAGGUCUUCUGGAACGUCGGUUGCCAGAUGGUGGCGCUGAACUUUCAGACUCUUGACCUUCCUAUGCAGUUGAACAUGGGUGUAUUUGAGUAUAAUGGCCACAGCGGCUAUCUGCUGAAGCCAGAGUUCAUGAGGAGGACGGACAAACAGUUUGAUCCCUUUACGGAAGGUAUAGUGGAUGGGAUCGUUGCCAAUAAAAUCACCGUUAAGGUGCUCUCAGGUCAGUUUCUGACAGAGAAAAAGGUGGGUGUAUACGUGGAGGUGGACAUGUUUGGACUUCCAGCCGAUACAAAGAGGAAGUUCAGAACAAAGACCUCCAAUGGGAACUCCCUGGACCCUGUGUGGGAAGAUGAAAGCACCACUUUCCAUAAGGUGGUGCUUCCUUCACUGGCCUCGCUGAGGAUAGCUGUUUUUGAGGAAAAUGGCAAGUUUAUUGGACACCGGAUUCUCCCUGUGUCUGCCAUCAGACCCGGUUACCACUACAUUAGCCUAAAGAAUGAGCUUAAUCAGCCACUUUUCCUGCCCUCUCUGCUGGUUGAGAUUGAAGCCAAGGACUUUAUCCCUGAUGAACACCAAGAUUAUGCUGAUGCCCUGACCAACCCCAUAAAGCACAUCAGUAAGUUUGCCAAGAGAGAGACACAGCUUGCUGUUUUCAUGGAUGAAAAUAGUGAGCAACCCAAAAAUGGAGACUUCAGCAAAGAGACGGAGGUCAUUCCAACAGAUUCACUCCCUUCUCCUCUGCUGCCGCCUCCCUUAAGUCUCCUUGACGAAUCUCCUGACAUCCCCAGGUUACCUGCACCUGUACAAACUCCUAAGGAGGAUCUGGUUGCCACUGUUCUCACAGAGAUCCAGUUUCUAUCAGUGGAGGACCUGAAAGCACACAAGAGUUACACUAAACUGACAAAGAAACAGACUAAAGAACUUAAUGAGCUGCGGAAGAAAAACAAGAAAAAGAUGGUGUCUGAAAGUCAGAAGAAGUCCACCAUCAUUGAGAAAAACUUUAAACGUAGCAUAAAGAAAAGUGAUUCUGAGAACGGGGACCUGGAGAAGCAGAUGGCCCAGCUCCAGGAGCAGCAAAUGCAUGAGCUCCUAACGCUGCGACAAGAUUUUUACGCUCAGGAAAAACUGAUGCGACAGCAUCACCUGACAGAGGCUUUCCAGAAGCUAAAGCAGAUGGCGGCUGAAAGCCACAGCUCUCAGCUGAAGAAACAAAAAGAAACCUGUGAAAAGGAGAAGAAGGAGCUUCAGAAGAUGCUGGAAAGGAAGCGAAUAAACAGCAUUGUUGAAGCAAAGUCGAAAGAGAAUGUGGACCAAAAUGAGAUCAACAGGAAACACAUUAACGAGUCUGUCGAGGCUAUCCGAAGGCUGGAGAAGGCGCAGAGUAUGAGGCAAGACAAGUUAGGGCUGAGGCAUCAGGAGUUGCUGCAACAGCUGGAAGCUCUGCUUCCUCAGCUUCAGUCACAGCUGGAUCGAGAACUCAAGGACGAGUACCGUCGCCUGCCAGAAGAGAUCAGCCAGCUCAUCCCCCCAGACCUUCAAAACAAAAGCUCCCGCAACGAUUCUGUAUUCACCGCGCUGUCCAAUCACAGCAGCCCCGGCUCUGGCCCGCCCUCCAACUGCUCCACACCCAGUUUCCAGUCGACUCCUUUUCGGAGAAGCCUGAACAAGAGCAGGGACAAUAGUAACACCUCACUGGCCGACUCUACGUCAUCCUCCAUCACACCUGGCCGGUCGGGGGCAGAUAUUUCUUUCAACUAGACUUUUGGAUUUUACAGAGCUAGAAAAGAAAAGAAAAAAAACAUAGGGGUCUGUAGUGAUCAUAUGUGGGGUACAAAUGAUUAUCUGCUAAUUUUAUCCUUUUUUUAAAAUCACUGUUUUGUCCUUGUCUACAGAGCUGUAAUUUUUUAUUUUUACUGUUAUUGUCAAUUUUGCUAAGGAAAUAUUCAUUAGAAUCAUAAUCAAUCUUUUGUUUUAAACGUUUAAAAAAAAAAGACAUUAGUUUAAAUGUCUUUCAAUUAUUUUUCCCCUGCAUCUUUUUUUUUUGACGUUUGCCGCCAGUCAGCUUUGCUGUUUAAUGGCGACCCAGGGAAUCUCAAACUUUGUGUCUCAAACAGCUUUAAACUUUUUUUUUUUUUUCCUAAUAUGUAUAUUUUGAAAAGCUUUAAUCUCUUGAGUGAAGCGGCAGCUUUUGAACAGCUUUUGACAUCUGACACGUUACGGCUCGGGUAUGAUCAUGAUUGUUAUAUAUAUCUUUUAGGCCCUUAUCUGUAAAAAUAUGUAGUUUUAACAAGAUAUAAUUAAGGGAUUUUUUUCUAAGAAGAAAAUGUUUUUAAUUUAAAAAUUGGAGCUGUAAUGUCAAAUGCCAACCACUAGAUGGCGAUGGGGACCUUGCCAUUUAUUUUAAUUGCAGUUUUGUCAGGCUGCUCUUCUAGUAUCUCACUGCACUCAAAGACUGCUUUCACCAUAAUCAGCAGCAGGAUUAAUUAGAAACUAGUUCUGGUCUUUCAUCUAUAGUCAGUUUAAAAAUGCCUUAUAUUUUUAAACUAGGUUCAAAACAUAACUUACAAUAUUUUUGUUUUUAAAAUCUUUUUCCUCUCGUUCAAUCCUGUAGGUGUUAUAGAAGAGAGGCACGCUCUUUCUCAAACUAAGAGCACACCUGUAUGAUGGUGUACCCUUCAUUAAAUCUCGCCUUUAAGAAUAUGCUUAUUGGGAUUCUUAUUUCAUCUAAACAGAGAUGGGAUUUUGUUUCAAUGCUUUUUUGUUUUUUAUUUGUGCCAUUGUAGCCUGGAGGAGGACAUUAGCUAAGUUAGCAGGACUACUGUGGAAUAUGGUCCUCUGGUGACUAAAAGCUGCACUAGAACAUCUUUAUUAACUUAGGUUCUGUUUUACUUCUAUGGUUGUUGAUAUUUGAGAUGGAUUUAACUUUCUUUAAGCCUCCACUUCCAUUACCUGGAUGUUUUAAUUUUGUCUUAAGUGGACAGAAAAAUAUUUUUGUGUAGAUUUGAUUUCUCUUUGACAUCCCUCAAAUUAACGCAGCGUCGGAAACGGGUUGUGCACAAAGUUUAUGGUACAUUGAGAUUUUUUUUUUUCUACCAAAGCAUCUAGUUUUUCUGUAUUUAAUUUUUAUUCUCUUGUUUUCUGUGUGUUUCCUGUUUGUCCACUCUGACUGGUGAACCGAUGGUACUAUGUAUAGAUAAUGUAUGUAUAUUUGUAGCUGUACAUGAGUUUUACUACUGAUUACUAACGCUGGUGAGUGAUUGAGGUUAAAUGGUCGAGGGAAAAAAACAAACAAAAAAAAAGGCCUAAUUUUAUUGUUUUGUUUCCUUAUUUCUGUCCAGAGAAAAUGGUUUUUAGAUAUAUAUAGGGAAUGCUCUUUGCCUUUUUUCUUGUGAGCACUGGCUGCCUUUAUUUCUUAUCUCCCCCCGAUUACAUAUUCGAUUUUUUUUCUUUGUUUUCUUCCAAUAAUGGAAGAAAGCUUUAAUUUGAACUGCUGAAAAAUUUGACAUCUAUCAAAUUUACACGACAGGUUCACACUAUCAACUGAGACCAUGAUAAAUCCUUUCCAACCGCUUAGUAUCCUGUCUAAUUUAACAGGAAAAUCAAACACAUCUUUUAUUCAAAGGUUGUAUAAAAAAUGGAGGCAAUGACCUUUGUGCAAAAGUAUGCAGACUUAAAUCAAUACUUUUCUUUGAUUAUAACAAUUAGUCUUCUUUAGGAGGAGGCAGAUUUCACCUUUCUCUUAUGCACAACCUUCUUCACAUGGAUUUUCUAUAUUUUCUAGACUCUAGCUGGAGAAUUCUAAAAGUUUUUUAAUCCGCUUCUUGAUAUUGAUUUUCAGUUGGACUUUGAACUGUUCAGUAUAAUUUAGAUUAAUCAUAUGUAACUCCAUAUCAGGUUAAUUCACUAUUAGGUCAUAUGCAGAUGCCUGGACAUUUUAUUUGGAAAAAUCUUUUUUUUCCAAAUUCUACUCUUUCUACUCAGAUUCAUGUGGAAUAUAAACCGAUUCUUGAUAGAAAUCAUUGCAGCUCCUCGAACAGAGUUGUUUGAUUUUUAGUUAAAAUUUGCAGGAUAAACUUCAAAAUAAAGGGUGGAAACAUUUAGGAGUGAGUUAUUGCUGUCUCGUUGAUUUAAAUCCAAAACAUUCCUUUUAACAUAGACUAACAUGUUUUAAACCCAUUUCUUAUGUGCAGUUUGCUUUUUUUUCCCCUGUCACAGCAGCUUUAACCUGCAGGGGUCAGUAUUUACUUAGAAAGAAACCUUGAGUUUUAUAGCUUAACAGAUGUUGAUUGUAAUGUGCUUUGCACCAACAUAAAGUGCUCUACUCUGGACUUGGAUAUUUGACUUUUAACAGCUGAAGACUUUACCAAAAAAUCUCAACGCAUUCCUCAAAAGGCCAAACAGAAAGGGCAUGUAAUUUAGAAUAGGCAUCAUUCUAUAAUCCAAUCUGGAAAUUAUCAGGUACCUGCUCAUUUGUUGUGCAUUUUUGCCCAUAUGUCCAUUUGUGAAACAUCCUUAUAUACAAUAUUGUUAUAGCCACCCUGUAGUUACUGUUUGUGCAGCCUCUUGAACACAUUUGAAAGAAUUCAGAUUAUUUUCCUCUGUUUGCACUUUGGAUUUUGAUUCAUUUGGUACUUUUUCUUUUUUUGAAGAAGCAUGCAAAGAAAAAUCAUGCAUGUUAUUUUUUUUUAACCAUUUAUCACUGAACUUCAUUUAUCCAAAGAAGUACAUGUUUUUGUAAAUGACUUCUUGCUGGAGUUCUUUUUUUAUGUGGUAAAGAACUGCAGUGUGAGCAGUUAUGGAUUGUAUUGUACAGGUUACUAAGCUCAGAUACUUUACAACUCUUAUUAUGAUUAUAACGUAUACCAAGUAUGCCUCCAUAAAGGGAAGAAAAUAAAACCUGCCAAGAGAAAUGCAUUUGUUAAUAACUAUUGACCACAAAUUUGACCGAGAAAAUUGCACUCUGAUACUAGAUAGCAUGCCAACAAUAAUGUCUUGGUGAUUCAUCAUCUGUAAAGAUCACCAGGUUACUACAUUCUGGGACUUAAAGAGAAGAUGCAAGUCUUUUAUCAACCAUUGCAUGUGGCUGAAUGUAAUUUUUCGUUAUUGUUCGGUUGACAAAGAGUUGUCAAGGACCAGGCUGUAAAACUGUUCCCAGUAGUUAACCUUGUGCAUGGAGUUGUUAUAAAUUUCAUCAUCUAGGCUUUAUAUUUAGACUUCUGUAUUGAUUUUUAGUGUCAUUAAAACAAGAUCAGAGCUUUGACAACAAACCA